AUGAGCACUAAUACGGUUGAUCAACGCCGCAAAGGUUUCCCCCGAGUACACCGAUACAUUACCACCCACAAUCAUGACGGCGAAGCCAUCUUUCUCUCAGGUAGCCAAGUGCCUGAAUGCGCACCUUUCCGCUCAGCGGGCGAAGACGGUGAACUCGCUCUGUUGUACGCAACGGAUACGUUUCCCGUUCAAUGUCAGAACGAAGUUGAUGUUGCCGUGUAUGAUUCCUAUCUACACAUGCCGCCGGGUCUUACACCAAAUCCAGGGACGAUGCUUCGCGUCAUUGAUAUGCAGCCAUUAAAAGAAACACCCAUGCAUAGAACCGUGACUAUAGACUUCGGAAUUGUACUGGAGGGGGAGGUGGAUCUCGUGUUGGAUAGUGGUCAGAAAAGGACACUUCGACAAGGAGACGUUUCUAUACAAAGGGGUACAGCACAUUCGUUUCGGAAUAGGAGUGAUUCAAGAUGGUGUCGGCUGUUGUUUGUGUUUCUGCCAAUGCAGGAGUUGGUGAUUGCUGGGAAGAAAAUGGAGGAAGAGUGGUAUGAGGAGAGGUAUGAGACUAGGGAGCCACAGGAAAGGGUUGAACAGGAGGGUUGUCAUGAUUAA